UGAGGGAUUUUGUAACGUUAAGUAAUAGUUUGAAAUUGAUUUUGAUAAUUUUAACAGCAUAAGACAGCUAUUAUUGAACCACAUCAGUUUGAUUAUUAGUACAUGGUGUAUUGGUGUUAUUACUGUUAAACAGUUUUCGAUUGUGAGUGAAAUGUGUACCUUCCAAUCAUUAGUAUAUAAAUCCAAAAUUGGACUACCCUUGGUGUUGAUGGCGUUUAUUUCAGGAUGCCCAUCAAUUCAACCUGCACCAUUGGAAGAAGCCAAGUUCUUGCGACAGAUUGCUAACCAAUACAGUGCUCCAUUGGUUGUAUCAUUCCUACAUUCAAGGAUCCAGAAGAACGAAGAAAUGAUUUCCAAAAUUAAAAGCUCUCUAAAAAAUUUGGAUCAAUCUAAAGUUGAGGUGUUUGGUUUGGCUGAAAAGACGCUUGAGUUAUUGGACGAACAGUUAACCGCUCUGGAAAAGGCUGAUUACUUUGACUUCAAUGGAACUGAAAAAGUACAGUAUUUUAUUGAACAGUUCAUCAUGCAAAAUGAAAUGUAUCCAAUUGAGUUUGGUUCCUAUGGAGUAGUUAAAGUCGCUGUUACUCCUGAUGUUUUGUUGGAAGAUUUGCCAAAAAAGAGAAGCCAUGAUUUGAUCAAUGCGACAAAUAGUAUGAUUCAAACAUACUUAUCCGAUAUCGAUGUAAAAGAGCGAAGUCCUGAUAACAACCGAAUGCAAAAACUGGCCGCUUUUCUGGCUAGACAAGAGCUACAGCUAUUGGCCAACUACUCGUAUCCACCAGAUCAUGAUAACUACAAUUAUUAUGAUCUUAAUAACCCUACUAAAGUUGCACUUGGUACAGUGCUGAGAAAAGUAAAGACAGUUGUUGACUUCUUUUACGCACAAUUCAACCAUUUGUCUGAUCCAAAGUCAACUACCAAAAUGAUUGAAGAUUCAGUGAACGAAAGUCAAGAGAAACCAUCUUACCACGAGGUACGUUUGGGUGGCGUAUCUCCGUGAUAUCUUUGUUCCCGAAAUCUUUGCUCAAAAAGAUGUUUGUGUCAAAUCAUUUAUUAGAUAAUAAUAUUAAUAAAUUAAUACAAUGCUCAAAGAA